UCAAAAGUAUCUCUGGUGUUAUACACCACUGUUGGAUGAGAGCGUUUUGUGAUUCUCGCAGUGCAGCGUGGGAUAGCGGAGGCGCAACCGACCGACCGAGAGAAAUGGAUGUGUUUCUAAUGAUCCGGCGUCACAAGACGACCAUCUUCACUGAUGCCAAAGAGUCAACUACGGUCUACGAGCUGAAGCGCAUAGUGGAGGGUAUCCUAAAGAGGGCACCGGAGGAACAGAGGCUGUACAAGGAUGACAUGUUGCUGGAGGAUAGUAAGACUCUUGGAGACUGUGGCUUCACAAAUCAGACAGCCAGACCUCAGGCCCCAGGGACUGUUGGAUUAGCUUUCCGUCUCGGUGAUGAUGCAUUUGAGCAGCUGAGGGUUGAGCCCUUCUCCAGCCCCCCAGAGCUUCCUGACGUCAUGAAGCCUCAGGACUCUGGCAGCACAGCCAAUGAGCAGGCCGUGCAGUGAAGGAAGGAAGCAGGCAGGGAGGGAGGGGCGGGGGAUCUGGGAAGUGGUGCUUUGGAUUAGGUAGGCCGGCUUUACAGACUGCUUUAGGGUAACAUGCGAGUGUACCUGUGAGAUCUUUAACUUUGCAGGAAGAACAUGAAUUCCCUCUCACACAGAGGGGAGUAUUUUCAUGUUAUUCCUGAACUAGGCUCACGCAUGUUUAGAUUCACUCACAAGAUCCCUCAACAAACAUUUCUAAUUUGUCAGGCCACUGUCAGUAAGGGGGUUGGGAAAAAUGCAUCAUACCUCCUAAUUUAAUUCAUACUAGUCUUUUGGGGAGGGUGUAGCCUUUUGGCUUUGGGUGGGGAUUUGCGAAGGGAGUGGCUAUUACAUUUUUAGAAUGCCCUCUUGCUGAUUGCAUUUUUUCUUUAUUCAAUAUUAAUAUUACAAUUUAGCAUUUUUUAAUUACUCCUUGGGGUGGUAGUAAGUAUGUGGAGCAACAAAGGGUUUGUUAUUAGCUUAUCUAGAUAACAUGCGCAUGAAUGGAUCUGAAAUAAACACACAAACAUGUUGAUGCCAUGACAUAAAAUGUAUAGCAGAACACAUGUACUUGCACACACGGAUGGACACACACAGAACGGUGUGAAGAUUUACAAUCGUCAGUUUUUAUUUCAGUGUAAAGGUAUUAAGCUUUCCCACUAUCUGGUUCUUGUUUGCUUGUUUCUUUACUUUUGAACCUUUGCACUGGAGUUCCUGUAAUUUUUCUUCUUCUUGAUUCUCUAUACAAAACUGUACCAAUUUGAUCCCUAUCCUCCAAAUUACCCCCCCCCCCCCCUCAAUUUUUGGGGGGCUGAAGUGUAAAUGGGAACCUUCAGUGGAAAGAGACAGGAAUCACUMAUCUUUUGUGAUAAAMAAGCAUGAAGGUACAAAUUACUGGUGUUGAAUUGAAAUAGGUGUAAACUGUCUCAAUUAGAUUCAACAACCUGACUUUGGGGUGGUUGUCAUGCCCUUUUUUUAAGAUAUGAUGGAAAUGGUUCACCAACAAGCUCUUUUAAAAACAGGACUUUAUGAAACAAGCAACACCUGUAAUUGUCUUGAGUUGACAUAAAAAGAAUACAUUUUCUUUGUCACCUCCUGUGUGGUAUAUUGUUAAUGGACUCUGUGAAAUGCUUUUGUGCCAUUCACUUUACUUGGUAUUUGUCAUUCAUAUGGUGAAAUAAAAUCAGUUCGGUGAAAUUGC